CACGCACGUAUUUAUAAUUGGGCAUGGCACUAAUCGUCGCGGUCGGAAACUUGUGGAGGCUGCUCGGUUGUAGUACUGUGUGUGUGUAACGACGUCCCAUCUCGUUGGCCCUCCGUUCCAAGGCUGUAUGUCAAGAGCCAGAUGACCUUUCAUUGACAUGCCGACAAUGACUAAUCGAAAGAGACAGAUGAUAGUGUUGGGAGUCUUAUCAUCUGUUUUUGUGAUAAUACUCUUCCAUCAGCUGCUGCACAAGGGAAGUUUUAUUUCAAAUGAGCCUGUUCGAACGGACCACUCAAAUACAAACGGACUAGUCUCAAGAGAUGAAGACCAGUGUGUAAUGAAUAAGGGUGCUCAAUGUAAAGGUGGUAAUGCAGAAGCAGACACACCACAUGAACCAUUGUUGUCAGUACCGCAAGAACCACUGUCGUUAGUACCGCAAGAACCACUGUCGUCAGUACCACAAGAACCGUUGUCGUCAGUACCACAAGAACCGCUGUCGUCAGUACCACAAGAACCGUUGUCUUCAUUACCACAAGACGGAAAAAACAUCUUGUGUAGAGGAAAAAAAUGCCCAAACAUCAUAUACCUUCUCGCAGAUGACCUUGGCUACGGUGACGUGGAGUACAAUAAAGGCGUAGCGCUUACUCCACACCUCAACAGUAUGGCGUCCGGUCCGCACAGUGUACAUUUCAAGCGGUUUUAUUCAGGCGGGCCCAGUUGUUCGCCAACCAGAGGGACACUCUUAACGGGGCGGAAUCAUAACAGGUACUGUAUAUGGCAUGCGGAUCUAGGGGACCCGAAAAUCGAUCUCACCUGUCCAUCGCUUGGUCCUCUCCCGCCCUCCGAGCUGACGGUGGCCGAAGUCUUGCAGGGUGCCGGCUACCACACUUCCAUCUACGGGAAGUGGCACGUGGGCGAUCUGAGACCGAUAAAAGGCGGGAACACCAAGUGGAACGUGUCUCACCCGGGCAUGCAUGGGUUCAGGGAGUGGUGGGUGACAGAGCGUCAAGUUACCACCUUGCUCCCCAACUGCAAGUGUUCAAAAGACUACUCGUGUCGCUUUGAUGCACGCGAUUACUACGUGAGGUUCUGUCAGAACUACUGGAGAAUGAACGACGAGACGGGAAAGUUGGAGAAAUACCCGAUGCAGAUUUUCGACGACUCUGACUUUCUUGUCGACCGGCUUGAAAACUUGCUAAAGACAAGGGACCCUUCCGUUCCCUUUUUUACGAUACUCGCGUUUCAUUCGGUACAUGCUCCCUUCCUCUCCAAGCCCCAUUGGCUGCAGCAUUACGGAAAGAAGGGUUAUUCUUCGAAGAAAGUAGACUACCUCGGUUCAACGUCGGGUCUAGAUGAGGCAAUAGGUAGAGUGAGGCGUCUACUGAAGGAAUAUGGCGUGUACGACAACACUAUGCUGUGGUUUUCCAGUGACAAUGGCCCCCAAAAGGGAGGACCCGGGUCCAGCGGGGGUCUAAGAGGUCUUAAAGGCGAUCUGUGGGAAGGCGGCAUUCGAGUCCCCGGCAUAAUAGAGUGGCCGGCCGCGAUAAGCGAAAAUCGCGUGUCCUCUGUUCCGGUGGUGACAAGCGAUCUUCUACCAACAGUUGCGGAUAUUGUGGGUGUCGACCUCCCUAGUGACAUAAAAUACGACGGAAUAUCUCUGCUCCCACUCUUGACAAACAAGACAGACAGACGUGGCUCAAACAUAAACUUUGCUUUCCACAUACUAAAGGGAAAUCUAGACUCUUCCUACAAGGGUGCAGUUGUAGGCGAUCGCUACAAGUACUAUGCAGAGUUUGACAGAGGGCACAUUCGACAGUUUUAUCUGUUCGACAUGGAGCGAGAAGCCAACGAAAAGACAAACGUGUCGAAGUCACACCCACAAGUGACCGCCUCGUUGAGAGGACACCUGGAAGAUUUCCUCAAGUCAGUCAAUAGCAGCGCAACUGACAUUGGGUGUCUGUCGACUCACGACCGAAGAUCAGACACUAUAAAAUGCUACUAAGCCAACCGUAGCUAUAGACCACCUCAAGUAUACACCUAAGUUUAAUAAUCCGAUGUUAUAAAAUGUUUAGCCAC